GGGGCGGGCGGAGGUGCCCGUUUCCCCCGCCGAGCUACCCAAACUUUCGUUAAAGUCAGCGGCCCCCGAGCCCGGGGCAGAGACGGAGUGUCUGCUGCCGCACAGAAGCGCACCCGCCCUCGUCCUUUGACGCGCAGCCGGGCUCGGAGGGAGCGCCGCUAGAGCUGCUGGCGGAGGCAAGGCCGGGCAGCACGGUGAGGGCUGAUGCAAUUCUCUCGUUGAGGCCAGCCACCUUGACAGCGCGCCCGCAAAGUCCGGGCGAGGCACACGCGAGGCUCGGCAGGCGGCCACCGGAUCGGCAUGGAGAAGGAGCUUGCUGUUUCUUUGGUGUAAUUUUGCUGCCAUCUGAGGUCGCUGUGUAGCCUGGGAAGUAUAGCCAGCAAGACGGGACAGUGGGCAAGUGGGUGCUCACAUCAUAACCCCCCAACCAUGGCAGAAAAAUGCAGUGAGGGGUUGCUGAAUGGUGCUGUGCCUGGUGAGACGAGGAAGCGAGAUGAGAACAUCAAACGCGGCAACUGGGGCAACCAGAUUGAGUUCGUUCUCACAAGUGUUGGUUACGCCGUGGGACUUGGCAACGUGUGGCGCUUCCCUUAUCUCUGCUACCGCAAUGGAGGAGGUGCUUUCAUGUUUCCCUACUUCAUCAUGCUGGUGUUCUGUGGGAUCCCUCUCUUCUUCAUGGAACUCUCCUUUGGACAAUUUGCCAGCCAGGGCUGCCUUGGUGUCUGGAGGGUUAGCCCAAUGUUCAAAGGUGUUGGAUAUGGUAUGAUGGUUGUCUCCACCUACAUUGGAAUCUACUACAAUGUUGUGAUCUGCAUCGCCUUUUAUUAUUUCUUCUCAUCGAUGACACGGGUAUUACCCUGGACAUACUGCAACAACCCCUGGAAUACACCUGAUUGCACUGGUGUGUUGGACGUUACCAAUAGCUCAGCUGGGUCAUCAUUCAACUUUACACAGAUGCUUAACCAGACACUCAAGCGCACCAGUCCUAGUGAAGAAUACUGGAGGCGAUAUGUGUUGAAAUUGUCUGAUGAUAUUGGAAACUUGGGUGAGGUGCGACUUCCUCUGCUUGGUUGUCUGGGUGUCUCUUGGGCUGUCGUCUUCCUCUGCCUCAUCAAGGGUGUCAAGUCCUCAGGAAAAGUUGUGUAUUUCACGGCAACCUUCCCGUACGUGGUGCUGACAAUUUUGUUUGUGCGGGGGAUAACUCUUGAAGGAGCCGUUACUGGAAUCAUGUACUAUCUAACACCUCAAUGGGACAAAAUCCUUGAUGCAAAGGUAUGGGGAGAUGCAGCUUCCCAGAUCUUCUAUUCAUUGGGCUGUGCCUGGGGUGGGUUGAUCACCAUGGCAUCAUAUAACAAGUUCCACAAUAACUGCUACAGGGACAGCAUUAUCAUCAGCAUCACGAACUGUGCCACGAGUGUCUAUGCGGGCUUUGUAAUCUUCUCCAUCCUGGGCUUCAUGGCCAACCACCUUGGUGUGGAUGUCUCCAAAGUGGCCGACCACGGUCCUGGCCUGGCAUUUGUAGCCUAUCCUGAGGCACUGACACUACUUCCUAUCUCCCCUCUCUGGUCUAUUCUUUUUUUUUUCAUGCUCAUCCUGUUGGGACUGGGCACACAGUUUUGCCUCCUGGAGACUCUAGUUACAGCUAUUGUGGAUGAAGUAGGAAACGACUGGAUCAUCCGUCGGAAAACCUUUGUGACUCUGGGUGUGGCUGUCGUGGGCUUCUUGCUAGGUGUUCCACUCACUACACAGGCUGGCAUCUACUGGCUGUUACUGAUGGACAACUAUGCAGCAAGCUUCUCUCUAGUCGUCAUUUCGUGCAUCAUGUGUGUCUCCAUCAUGUAUAUCUAUGGGCACCGUAACUACUUCAAGGACAUUGAGAUGAUGCUGGGUUUCCCACCCCCCAUCUUCUUUCAGAUCUGCUGGAGGUUCAUCUCUCCCGUUAUCAUCUUUUUUAUCCUCGUGUUCACAGUGAUCCAGUAUCGACCCAUCUCCUAUAAUACAUACGUCUACCCUACCUGGGCUGUUACUAUUGGCUUCCUCAUGGCCCUCUCCUCAGUAAUCUGCAUUCCAGUUUAUGCUGUGUUCUGUGUCUUGCGCUCAGAAGGGGAUUCGCUGCUGCAGCGUUUGAAAAAUGCUACCCGGCCAAGCCGUGAGUGGGGGCCUGCUCUUGCAGAACACCGGACUGGCCGCUAUACAUCAGCACUCAGCCCCUCCACAGAGUCCCAGCUGGAGGUGCAGUUGCUGAACCCUGAAAAACUCAAGAGUGAUGAAGCUGGUGUGGCUGUUGCCAUCAGUAUUGGGAGCAACGGGUCUACCCACAGCCAGGACUCCAAGAUCUGAACGUUCGCCUGGGACUCAGGGCAGGGAGCCCUCCUUGCGUCUCCCCCUUUCCCACCUGCCCUGGUCCUCCGAACCCUACUCUGCUCAGAUACACUACAGCGCCCCCCACUGGGUGGGGGAGCCCGGGCUCCCAGGCUGUGCUGGACUCUGGAGGGGUGGCUGUGCAUUCCCACCCCACCCACCUCAUUAGUGCCCCUGCUCCAUCUUGUAACCCUCAUGUUUACAGUAAUGUCCAGAGGGCCCCAACUCACAGCCAGGACCAAGGGUUGUAAAGGGUGCGUACUGGCUGAACAGUUCAGGGUGCCUUAAAAGGGUACCAAGAGGGCAGGCUGGUGCUGCAAGGGGUUUCUGGCAGCUGCGCCUCGGCCCAGGGGGUCUGGUAUUUGUUGGGGAUGGUAUGCUCCUUACUGCCCUGGAUCAGGGCCAUGGGGACUUGGCCCCACAGAGAAGUGAAUGGGAAAUCAGGGAGGGGGUGGGAACAGGGCAAAAGGUUUUGGCAGUAGCUGUAAAUGUAACCCAAACAUUCUAGGCAAAGCUUGACCUUGGGUCUGGCAGCCUUCCAUUAGGCUGUUGCCCCGAGUGGGUUCUUCCUAAAGAUGCAUUGAAGGCUUUCAUUACCCACAACAGUACAUACCUUCCCAGCGUUUUCACUUCUAUUUCUAGGACAGGUGAGGUAGCUCCUCCAUCCUUACUAAUCUGCACUUCUAGUUAUGGAGUACAGCAAAAGAGAUGCUCUUGCUAGAAACUAUUUAAUAGAUUUGACAGAUGAACAACAGGAGAGCAGAAUGCAUGAGCAAGCUCUCCGUAACAGCUACAGCCAAGGAGGAAGUGGGAGCAUUGUAAGUCAGGUACAUGCUCAUAUUCAAUCUAACCUUGCCUAACUUGUAUGCAUAUGUGUGUGUGUGCAGCACACAUGCUCACGCACACACCCAUCCAUACCUACAUAUGUAUAUCUAGUUUUAAACACACACCAUCUCUCACACAUGCACAGCUAAACAUCUGUAUCUAUCAUGUGACCCUGAUAGAAAUUCAGAGUAGUGUCACAUGCGCUGGGCAACAUGUGUAAGUAAGCCAAUGAAUCAGGGUGCCUACAGCAUCUUUUGAGUGCCCAUCCAAGCUCGUUGUUCUUGAAAUUGACCCUAGGGACCUGACACUUGAGCCCUGUGGUGGGUAGGAAGUGUUUCUGAAGCACUCUUUUAUGCCCCUCCUCUGAGAGAAGCAAUGAACUUGAUGGGGCAGUGUAUUGUAUUGGCAAGACACCAUUGGGACCUAACCCUGUUCCAUCCUUUAGGGGAAGGGGCAGAGCCAACUGUGGUGCUAAGAACAGAUGAUGUGUCAUGUCUUGUCCACACCAUCUGGGAGAAGCACAAAAGAAAGAAGCACAACCUUCCUGAAAGCCUGUCCCCAGCCAGGCCGGAGUUCCAUGCAGCCCACUCUACCAAUAUUAGUUGGGGGGGCAGAAGCCACCAGCCCCCUGCCUGAGGCACAGGGGGCAGGCAGCCAGAGGCAUUGGCUCCAUGUCUGGCUCCAAACCCUGCCACAAAGCAUGGCCAGCAUUGGCUUUGGUGCAUAAGAGUGUCUAAUGGUUCUGUCUUCCAGCCUCCCCUUCACUUUGUUUUCAUUUCAGUGUUGCUGCCUGCACUUUACCCCUAGAAAUGCUGAAUGGAGGGGACAGGAGGCCCUGGCAGCCACUAUCCUGCUCUCUACACCAUGGCAGUGUCAUCAAGUCACUUUGCAGUGCCAAACAGUGCGUGCAGAGGGCACCACUUCUCUUAAUUGUGCACAAUUGCUGCAAUGUAGCCAUGGUGCCAUUAGCAAGGGCACAUCCAGUUUCUUUCUCAUGUGGUACCUGCUGUAGCCAGUUCUAUUGGCACAGUGUCCAGCCGGUACCAUUGGUACAGUGGCCAGUGUUUAAGUGCCAAAUGUCUGCAAUGUGAGCAGAUAGAGGAAUGACAGGUGGCUCCAUGCUAUGGUGGUACUCUUGUCCUAAGACUUCAGCAUCCAGUCUUCCCCUCUUUCCCCUGCACCAGUGAUGGACUAUUUAAUGCAUGGUUCCAUGUCUGUCCUUCCUUCUCAUGUUAAGUGUGGCAAUUGCCAUUGCCAUCUCUCGUUGUUCAUAGCAAUAAUUGUGAUGCGUCUCCCAUACUGUGACUCUCCCAGUUGUAGAUUUUUAAAGUCUGAUAGAUUUUAAUGAAAUUUAUAUUCCUGAGCGUAGGAUGGUGUAAGUCCAUUUUUGUCAGAAUAGGAAAGGGGCGCAGUUGACCCAUAGUGU